AUGCCGCCUAAGUUCGACCCGAACUCCGUUUUGGAGAUUUUCAUGCGCGCCACCGGCGGUGAAGUCGGCGCUGCGUCUUCGCUCGCGCCGAAGAUCGGUCCGCUCGGUUUGUCGCCGAAGAAGGUCGGGGAAGACAUCGCGAAGGAAACCGCCAAGGACUGGAAGGGUUUGCGCGUGACGGUGAAGCUCACCGUGCAAAACCGUCAAGCGAAGGUGUCUGUCGUGCCGACGGCCUCCGCCUUAGUCAUUAAAGCGCUCAAGGAGCCGUUCCAAGACCGCAAAAAGGUCAAGGGUAUCUUGCACACGGGCAACUGCUCUUUGGACGACAUCAUCGAAGUCGCGCGCACUAUGCGCCCGAGGUCUUGCGCCAAGUCGCUCGCCGGUACCGUCAAAGAAAUUCUCGGUACGGCCAAGUCUGUGGGCUGCACCGUCGAGGGCGAAGACCCGUCGGACGUGCAAGAAUCGAUCGAUUCCGGGGACAUUGAAAUUCCGGAAAAGUAG